AUGUCCGUCCGGCCAAGGACAUCCUGCUGGGCAGCGCGAGACGCAAGUCGCGAUCAGGAUGCAAUAAAGAGCUCGUCGGUGACCACUUGUGCCGCCGUGUCGUUUCUGCUCAGCGUGCUUUCCUCCUCCUUUUCGGCAAAUGUCACAGCUUUGACGCUCUCAGGCACGAAGCUCGACGUCAUCAUGGGGGCCAAUGACACCAAGACUCUCAAGCGUCCGGUGAAGAGUGUAUUCGUACCCCUCUCGUCGAUCGGACACGACUAUCUGCCACUGCUACGCGCGCUUGUGACUGUUUGCGCCGCACCCAAUGAUGCCAGCGACGCGAGUUCGACGGCGGGCAUCGACCGAGCAAAGGGCAUCCUGGUCAACUGUGCGCUGUGGCUGGUCAGAGACAUUCGGUCCGCUCAAGAGCUGUAUACCGAUCUCACGUUUCCGCAGCACGUUCGAAAUGCGUUGGAGACAGAGACGAGCGAGGAGGCGGCGCUCAAGACGCUGCUCAUGCUCGGUCAGGCAGAGACCAACGGCAAUGCUGUGACAAGCGCCAUCACCAGCACACUCUUCACAGCGACCCAGACCGCCAACUAUGCUCUGUAUGCCCACGAGUUCGAGCCGGCCGCCUUGGACGGUGCAACGCCGGCAUCAUCGGGUGCGUGCCUGCCGUUCUGCGGAGGUGCGCUUUCGGCCUACGCCAUCGCACACAAGCAUCGAGGCGAAGCAGCAUCUGCUGGUCCAUCGCAGAGCUCUAGCAUCAACGCCUGCCGAAUGGCUUUCUGGAUGGGUCUUUCGAGCGACCGCGUCGCCGCUCGACACGCGCGCCAGCACCAUCUGGUCGAAGAUCACGCCGAACGCCACGACCUCGGCAGCUGGUGCUGUGUCGUCCUCGGCUGGUCGGAAGAACAGGUGCAGCGCGUACUGGAACAGAUGCCCGGCAACGAGCGCCCCUACAUCUCCAGCAUCACUUCGCCCACCGCCAUCUCGGUCUCCGGCCCUCCCUUGCAGCUCGAUUGCCUCCAGAGCAUUGUCGCCAAGCAGAAGGGCGCACGCACCGUGCGGGCUCCCAUCUACUCGCCCUUCCAUUCCAACCGCUGGAUGCAGGAAGCCUCAGACGAGUUCGAGGCGCUCUGCCACGAGCAAAAGAUCGGCCAGGAGGGGGACGCUCUUCCUCCGUGGUUGAGCGUCUACUCAUCCUUCACCGCAGUCCAGGACCAGCAGGCGUGCAGCUCGGCAGCCGGGCUGGCCCACCUCAUCUGUCGCAAUCCGGCUCGAUACUCGGAAAUGGUGGAGAAUGCGUCUCGACAGGCGGUGCAGCUGCUUCAACAGCAGCCUAGUACCACCAUCACCGUGCUCAACGUCGGACCGGGAGGUGGGCUCGGCCAGAGCCUGGCAAAAAGGCUGCGCGCCGUGGGCGUCCCCGAUGAGAAGGUCGAGUUGGUGGAUCUGGAAAAGACCAUCGCGCGGGCUUCCUUGCUCCCGCAGCUGUCGACCGCAAGUCAUCGCAAGGAGCCCUUGGCGAUCGUAGGUCAGGCUUUCCGCCUUCCUGGCGGUGCCAACGAUUCCGAAACACUGCGGCAGGUGCUGAAGUCGCCGCCCGCUGGGUUGAUCACAAAGCUGCCAGAGGAGCGUUUUGUCAUCGACGAUUAUGUCAACGAGGCUUCGGCUGGGAGCGCGGCCUGCACACUGACCGAGUCGGGCACGUACGGUGCCUUCCUCAAGGACGUCGACCUGUUCGACGCGGCAUUCUUCAACAUCAGCCCGCGCGAGGCCGAGCAGAUGGAUCCGCAGCACCGCCUCUUCCUGAUGACGGCGCACGAGGCGCUCGAGGCCGCAGGCUAUGCGCCGAACAAGACGCCCACGAACAGGCGCGAGCUUGUGGGCACGUUCUACGCGGGCACCCACGAUGACUACCGCGACAACGCGUCGGCGGAUAUCGGCUCCUACCUGAUCACCGGCAAUGGACGCGCGUUCGCCUCUGGACGCCUCUCGUUCGUCAAGGAUCUCGGCGGAGCCUCGUCUUCGGUCGACGCGGGCGAGGCGAGCUUUGUGGCGGCGGUCCACACAGCUGCCGAGCAUCUGCAACGCGGUCAGAUCGAAACCGCCGUCGUAGGCACGUCCUGCCUCUUCACCUCGCCACCGAACUGGGUGGGGCUGGACAAGGCCGGCGCGCUCGGCAAAGGCGUCACGGCUGAUAACGCGCAGACACCGUUCGAGCAAGGGGCGGACGCUUGGACGCGUUCCGAAGCUUGCUAUACGCUGGUGCUCAAGCGGCUGAGCCAGGCCGAGGCUGAGGGCGACGAAAUCCUGGCCCUCGUUCCCGGCAUUGCUGCUACCUUCUCCCCGCCCGCCGCUUCGACGUUGACGGGGUUCAAGCAGCCAGCGCUUGCUCCGCGUGGGGAUGGUCUGGCCUCGCAGGUCCGGUCGCGCGCUUCGACCAUGUUGGCGGCCUUGCAGCUUGCCGGCUUGAAGCCGGGCGAUGUCGACCUGAUCGAAGCCAACGCGAGCGGGUUUGCAGCCGACGAGGCGGUGGAGCUCGACGCGAUCGCAGCCGCCUUCAACUCUUUUGGCACCAGCGCCAACGCGAAGAAGACCUACCUGGGCUCGGCAAAGGGCGUGUUUGGUUGCGCCGAAGGCGCGGCAGGCGGCGUGAGCCUCGCCAAGAGCCUGGACUGCAUCCUGACCAACUCGAGGUACCCUGAAAAACAACCUGGUAAACGAAAUCCGGCACUGUCCACUCUGGCGAAAUCCAACAUUGUUCUCGGCGAUGCAGGGCACACCGAGGAUGCCGGCGUCGACGUGGUGCUCAUCAACAGCUACAGCUCGGGCGGAGCCAACACGUCAAUAGUCGUGCAGAGGUACACACCGCCGUCUCCAGCGAGCGCUGGGAACACUACCCCUGCAGCCGAAGUUGAGGGCAAGAAGCGCUCGUUCGUGGUGGGGCUUGCUGCCAAGUCCGCAGCAUCGCUGCAGCAGCAAGCCGCUGCAUGGCACUCGGCGCUUCAGUGGCCAUCGUAG